AUGGACUCGUCGCAGGUCUCAUCUCCCACCCCAGGGACUUUCAGCACCCAGUCAUCCCGUUCACGAAGCAGCACAAAACUCACGACAGAUGACCUCACCAGCCUCACCUCGUUCAACCCCUUCUCCGAAGAAGAUGAAAACGAGGAAUCCUUCGUCACCAGCAUAUUCUCCCGCAUGAAAAACACCCUUGCGCCUCUUACCUCAGCCUCAACCAGCGGCCCAUCCCAUCCAUCAACCAACGCCCAUACCCCCGCGUCAACGUCAGAGAACCGGAGACCGUCUUAUACGAUACCCCAACUCAGUUCCAACCUUACUUCCCGCACAACCAGCUCUAAUGACAGACCCAAUUCGUUGUCGGCUGUGCAGACUGCGCAGCCGGCGCCUCCACUGGUUUCGCUGACUCCAGCCCAGUCAGAGGUUCCAACCUACAGCGUCGACUUUGACCGAUCGCCCUCUCGGAGUGGGGCUUUACCCUCAUAUGAUUCACAGGACGGUGGGAUAUUUGGGACUUCGAUACCAGGCUUCCCUAUACCUGAUGAUGCGCGAAGCAUCAAGACGACGACAAGCUUGCACAGAUCUAACUCUGUGUCGAAGGUUAUACGAAGGAUACGUGGAGAAGGUCUUUCUCGCGACUAUUGGAUGGACGACGAGAACUGCAAAGAGUGUUAUGACUGUGAAAGUGUUUUUACCACAUGGAGAAGAAAGCACCACUGUCGAAUAUGUGGUCAAAUUUUUUGCUCCCGAUGUGCCUCGAAUAUCAUCAAAGGCUAUCGGUUUGGGCACGACGGGAUGAUACGUGUUUGCAAUCUCUGUGUAGAGAAGCUAGCAAAAGUCGACGAAGAUGAUGAUGACGACCGGCGCUCUGUGGUGUCUUCGGUCAUGUCUUUUCCCGCUCACCAGCUCGGAAUAGACAACACGUCGCUUUCAUAUCAUCCACCGUCUCCCUUCUCCGCCUCACAAUUGUUCAGCCGCACCGACGAACCGUUCAACUUGUAUUCAAUCGCGGAAACCAAACGACGGCGAUCAGGUUCUGAUGACAGUGGGUUUGGAUCCCGGCCUAUAACACCACCACUGGAUGAUGGUGUCUGGGAAACACUCAGUGACAAUCCAGCACCGUUUCGACGCGGCUUAUCCGAUGACGAGGUCAAUGUCCAUGACCCCUUCAGCGCUGAAGAUUCGCCUACCGCGUCAAGUUCCAAAGCACGUUUUGAAUUCCCUGGCGCCAUUCCUAUCAACAUCGAUGCCCCCAGCUCGAUACAAUUUCCCAAAGGAUCGCCAGACCACUUGGACAGUCCUGGUCCCCAUAAAAUGAGGUCACGUUUCAACUCAUAUGGCGGCGAUUUCGAAGCCGCAACACCGUUCAUCCGGAGUCGUGUCCAAAGCAGGCUGGACAAUUUCCCUGGAGCAGAACCCGGAUGGCGAACUCGACGAGAGAGCACAGCCUAUGCUCAAGAGCUCAACUUGACGUCCAUGCUUCAUCUCAAGAUCAUGCUCCGACAAAUGCUUACGACGGAGAACAUACCCAACCUCAAAGCGUGGGAGGAAACUCUGUUGAAAUUGGCAUUGCGCAUCGCUCGCGAACUUACAUUUACUGCGCUCCCUCAUCGUCAAGGGCAGGAUAUGGACGUUCGGCGUUAUGUCAAGAUCAAGAAAGUGCCUGGUGGUAUGCCAUCCGAUUCCGAAUACGUCGACGGAGCCGUAAUCACCAAGAACGUCGCCCACAAGCAAAUGUCUCGUGUGCAGAAGAAUCCCCGAGUCAUGCUCGUGACCUUCCCGCUCGAAUACUAUCGCCAGGAAGGCCAAUAUAUGCAUUUUGCGCAAGUGGUCCGCCAAGAGAAAGAAUAUCUAGGGAACUUGGCGACUCGUAUUGCGGCGCUCCGUCCUCACGUUGUUUUGGUCGAAAAGUCCGUUUCUAGGCUGGCACUUGAGGCUCUGGCCAAGUACAACAUCGCUGUUGCCCGCACUGUCAAACCCUCUGCUAUCCAAACAGUCUCUCGGAUGACACAAUCUGAUGUCUUCUCUUCCAUGGACAAGCUUGCUCUAGAACCUCGUUUAGGCCACUGCUCGCGGUUCCGCAUCCAAACAUUCGACCAUCCUCUCAUUCCUGGUAGGCGGAAAACGUAUAUGCGCUUUGAGGGUUGUUCACGUGACAUGGGCUGCACCAUCAUUCUGCGAGGCGAGAAUAUCGAGACAUUGCGACGCAUUAAAAAGGUCACGCGGUUUCUCACAUUCAUUGUCCGCAACCUGAAGCUGGAGACGCAUCUUUGGAAAGACUCAGUCAUCACUCUGCCUUCCUUUAGCACGGACGCAGUCCCUUCAUCACCUGGACGACAUGCCUUCACUUUGUCGAUUUCUUCGGUUACCUCCCUGAUGUUUCCGUCGUCGCUUUCUACACCACGACUUGCUACUCCCACGCCUGGAAUGCGUCCACAGGAGAUUGUUUUUGAUGACUCAACAGAUGAAGAUCUUCCCAACGAGGAUGCUGAACAAAUUCGACUGUCUCGACGAAUUGACCAAGCCUUAGAACCAUACAACACUACGUUCAUCUCCGUUUCCGCGACAUUGCGUUUCCCACCACCCCAACCAAUCCGAAGAAUGAAGGAGCUCGAUAUCGAAUUGCUGGAAGCCAAACGGCGUUGGGAAGAUGAAGUCAUUCGUCGAGAAGAGAAGAGUCAUCCGCAAAGCAGCCUGAGCUCGGUAACCACUCCGCAGGUUGCUCCUGCCAUCGACAUCAUGCCUGCAUCCUUGCCGGACGACUUGAAUGCUCAGAUAGAAGCACUCGCAGUUCCCAACCUGAGCAUUCCUCCGACCCCAAGUGAAGGAAUCACCCCGCGGAUGCUUUCACCGCGACCUAUCGAGGAAUCAACAAGUUAUUUCUCGCACCCGAAUGGCAUGAUGUCCCCGCUUUCCUAUAUGGGCUCUUCGUUGGUUGCUUCCCCGCUUGAAGAAUCGCGAGAGUUGCUCAAAACGGUGGAAGACAUCGAACUUGAGAGCAAGUACAAGCAGCUCAAAUGGCAGCAUGAAGAACAAAGGCGCAUUUGGGAAUGGUAUCUUCGUAAAAACGCCGACGACUUUGUUGUUGAGAAAUAUCAAUGCAUCAGCCUCUACGAAUAUGUGAUCCCGCUAUCUGAACUUGGCCUCCAACGCGCAUGUUUCGCUCCUCAACUCCAUUACUACACGUUCUACGGCGAAAACGACUGCACUUUAGGCCAAUAUAUUGAGAAAUGUGUCAACGAUACUCUGGUGCAAUUCCUCGAUCCUAAAGCGGUUUGCACUGGCAAAGGAUGCGAGCAACCACUGGCUCGUCACUGUCGCGUCUACAUCCACAAUGAGACCCGUCUUUUUGUCGCUGUCGAACAAUGGGACGGGCAAAUCAUUGGCCGGAUGAAUCAUCUUCCAGCCCCCGACCUCGUCACCACCUGGAGUGCCUGUCGUGUGUGUGGCUCUGCAACACCGUUCAUUCCUGUUUCGGAAGAGAUGCAACGGUACUCGUUUGCCAAGUUCUUGGAGCUCCAUUUUUAUCCUGCCGACGUCAAGCUCGUCCAAGGUGCCGGAUGUCAGCACAAUAUAUACCAGCAUCAUAUUCGGUACUUUGCGACCAAAGGGAUGACCGUGCGCUUUCAAGCCAAUCCGAUAACUCUCCAUGAGGUUGUUUAUCCUCCCUUCCGAAUUCGUGUCCGUCCAGAAACACAACUCGAGCUGAAGAAUGAUGACUUUGACCGGCUUCAUCGACGCAAUCUUCUGUGGUACACCAGUCUCAUCGACGACCUCAAGCUCAUCAGCAUCGAUGCUGCAACUGGCGACGAAGAAAACGACGCUCGUCUAAACGCUGACGUAAACAAUUUGAUCGCACGUGCCGAGAUGGAGAAGGAGGACAUUAGUCGACUGAUAAACCGCAUCUAUCGCGAGUCAGCGCCGACGGACACGUUUGCGCUGAACCAAGUGCACUCUUACCGCCAGGAUAAGAUCGUUGCGUGGCAGCAGGACUUCGAUCGUUUGCCCAAACCUAAACCGUUGGAACGAAAUGGUAAACGAACAUCGACAUUUGGCUCGGUUCGCUCCAUGUGGCCCCGCAGAUAUGACCUCACUGGCGCAUUUGACAGUCCGCAUCUUCCUUCAUCGAGUGUCUCGGAAGCAGAAGAAGGGCCGUUGGGUCUGCGGAGAGUGACUGGAGACUCGUUUACAUCUACUUCAUCUGCCUCUGAGCCAGAAUCAGAGGCUAAUGCAGAUGAACCGAUAGUUCCACAGGCUCCGAAACAGACCACAGAAGUACCAAAGGAGGAGACAGGGACCCCUCUCCCUCCAACGAUUGCGGAAAAUGAGGUCAAAUCGGAUCCAGAAAGCGACUCGACAAUUGGUGCAGGAAGAGACGAGGCGUCUCCAGAGGGUCUCAGCUCUCCUCAGCCUCCGGCCAGAUCGAAACCAUUGCCCUCUAGGCUACCUCGUCGCGCAUCCACACAACUCAACGUGGCCGAAUUGGUAAGGAAAUACCAGGACUUUCUUCCACCUCAAGGAGUACACGAUCUCGCCAAGACCGCAUUCCCUCCUCGCAUUGUUGUCUCGGAAAGUGAGCAAGAGUAUAACAGCCCUAUUCGACUAGGUCCACGAGCCAAAAGCCGGCAUCGCGUUCCCGCUCGCAAGCAGUCCACAUCGGAUUUUGAACAGGGCUAUGCAGCCAAUAUCGCCCCUAAAUAUCUUACCCAUUCUCGUCGGGCCCUUCCUCAGAGCCGCAUUCCAGGCCCAAUCGAAGUCCAAUCGCAAGCAUCUUCACGUAGACCGUCUCCGGAAAAACGCUCUAGUAGUGGUAAAGGGCGUGAUGUCCGAUUUGGGCGGUCUUCUCGACCUUCAUCUCCCCCACCGAAACCGUCUGUUACGACCCCUGGCGGAAAACCUGCGAAGGCCCGUAUACCAGGACGAACUCGAGAUAAAACUCCUUCUCGUCCUGCCACUGGCCCUGGCGCAAAAUCAACUUUCCGAAAGCCGACUGGACAGGGCAAUAAGGUAUCUAAUAUUGCGAAGCAUUUUGAGCGGUUAGGACGCGAUGCCGAACGGUCUAAAACUCGAUAUGCAAUCAUUCGCGGACGGCGAGCACGUCCUGUUGCCUCUGCACGCGCCAAAGUGGAGGUGUUAGAUAGUGUCAAAGACGCUAUCAAAGAUGAGUCGGAUACUUCUGAGUCGUCAAGCGAGGCAGAUGAUGAGGGCGACGAAAACGAAGAGGAGGCAAAGCAACUGCCUGAAACGGUACCAGAGGAACGAUCUCAAGAGCGGCAAGAGCAAUCGUCUCCAGAGGAUUCCAUCAUUCCCGAAGUCACCGUGAAAAGUCCUCCACCUGCAGAGACCCCGGCUGUCGCCCCAGCCGAGCCCUCAGCUUCCACCGAGCCCCCCUCACCGUCUCCAGCCACCAGGACCGUUAUCUCUUCCGCCUUCACCAUUCCUUUCAUCUUUUAA